AUGGGGACUCGUUACGGGGACGUGAGCGCCUUACCCGCGGACGUGUGGUUGCGCAUCGCCAACGCGGUAGCUUUUAGAGAAGAAUGCACCUGCUCAUGGCCGCUCGUGGCGUGCGGGGUCGCCAUGCCGUGCAUUCGACGCGUGCUCGCGCUCUCAUCAUCGCUGGGUGAUUCGGACGAGCCGCUCGUGUUCGACGAACAAUGCCAGUGCCCCCCCUCCUCAGUCUCCCUCGCGCAACGAAUCUGCAGCUUCGCAUGGCUGACCAAGCAGCACGCAAGCCCUUCCUGGUUCAUUUUCUCUCUCGUUCAUGCACCUUCGUGCCUCUUUAGCUCCCUCCUGCGCUCCUCCCUGUUCCCGUCCCUCUCCUCCCUCACCUCCCUUGAUUUCUACUUCUCUCGAAACCAACCAUCCCCUCCGCGCUUGCUCUACUCCCUCUUGCAAGCGCCGCGCCUCGAGUCGCUUAUUCUUGAGCACGGGGUCGCGUCGGACGAUGAGAACGAAUUGGCGCAGCACCGCUGCAACGAUGCAAAAAUGGUGGGCGAGAUGUGGGAGCUCAUUUCAAUCAUGGAGGAAACGAAGUCGGACGGCGACAAUUCGGGGGAUGGCAAGAUGCUGUUGUUAUCAAGCAAGGACCGGCCGUUUCCUGGGCUGCGUCGCCUCCACCUGUGCCUCUCCGCCUGCUCGCCUCUCGUCCUGCGCUUCGUCUCCUGCCUCGCCCCCCAGCUUCACGAUUUCUGCGUCGCCGCCACGGCACAUCAGUUCACAGCUCACGAAGGCAACGAGGGCGCUGAAGCCGGUGCGGCAAACGCGGAGAGGCGGACGAGCGAGCCCCAGGGGGAGCGCGAGCGGGAGCGCGAGGGGGAGCGCGAGGGGGAGCGUGUGGGGGAGCGCGAGGGGGAGCGCGAGGGGGAGCGCGUGGGGGUCGCGAGGGGGAGCGCGAGGGGGAGCGCGAGGGGGAGCGCGAGGGGGAGCGCGAAGGGGAGCCCGAAGGAGGCACUGAUGGACGACACUCCUCUCUUCACCUCCCGGAAGCUACCGGUGUGGCACUUAUCAAAAUCGACUGCCCCAUUUCACUGUCCGCGCCUCGGCUCUCCGCGCUCAGCUACUACUGGCAUACCUCCCGCUCCCGCCUGCGCCUGCUCCCCACCUGCCCCGCGCACCUGA